UGCACUGGGGCUCCUGCUCACACACAGCCUGCCUCUCUCCCUCCGCUCUGCACAGAGCUCAGCUCCAAAGGGCCACAGGGAAGGGAAGAGACAGAAGCAUGCAGGCCACGCUGCUCAGCCUCCUGGGGCUGGCCCUGUUUGGUGCUCUCCAUGGGCAGGAGGAAGUCACCGUGCAACCCGACUUUCAGCAGGAGAAGUUCACAGGGAAGUGGUAUAGCAUUGGCCUGGCCUCCAACUCCAGGUGGUUCAAGGAGAAGAAGCAGGUGCUGAAGACGUGCACCACGGUCAUCACGCCCGCAGCAGAUGGGAACCUGAAUGUCACCUCCACCUACCCCAAGUCUGAUCGGUGCGAGAAGAGGACCAGCCUUUUCAUCAAGACGGACCAGCCAGGCCGAUUCAGCUACACCAGCCCACGCUGGGGCAGCCAGCACGACAUCCGUGUGGUGGAGACCAACUACGAUGAGUACGCCCUGCUGUACACCAAGAAGUUCAAGGGCACCGACACCUUCACCAUGGUGACUCUGUACGGCAGAACUACGGAGCUGAACCCUGAACUACAGGAGAAGUUCACCCAGUUCUCCUUGGUGCAGGGGCUCCCAGAGGACACUAUUCUCCUCCUGCCAAAAACUGACAAAUGCAUGACGGAUGCUGCGUAGGUGGAGAUUGCGAGGCACCAUUCCAGGUUUCCUUCAGAGAGAAAGUGACAUUCUGACCUGCCGGCACAGAUCCUCCCCGCAUAGAUGUAGCAGUCUCUGCUCUGUAGCCUCGUGUGCCGCUGGGCUAGUGCUUCUGUGUAUAACAGCCCCUCCUGAGUAAAACUGAGAUGUAAAACACCA